CAAGGCCUUCUUGUUAAAUUCGAUGAUAACGGGAACUUCACUCGCCAGCGAGACCUCACUCGGAGAAAUACCAAUCACUGGCAGAUGUCACGGUCAAUCCGUUUUCGUUUUUUUCUUGUUCGUUUCGUAUGAACUCUCGAGUUGUUUUAUAUUCUGUUACGCUGGUCCUUGUAUUCUGUGACACAAAAAAGGUUUUCAGCCUCCUUGAUUGCAUAAUCGAUUCACCCGCAACUUCCAUCACCAAUUUCGUAUUCAGAAUUCCCUACUCGCAUCUCCCGCAACAUGGAGGUCUGUGUGAAGUAUGGUCAAACUUACUCAUUACGCAUAGAUUCAAAGCUAUCCACAACCAAUGUUUCAUCCUGAACAAAAUAUUCUCCAUGUAAUGCUCGAAAUGCUUGCAUCUUGAAUUUCGUGGGUUUGUAGAGAAAAUAAUGGGAUGAUGUCUAUGCCAUUGGAG